AUGAGAAUGGUCUCAGGUGCCAUGGCAACGUUGCCGCAUUACAGUAUUACCCUUCGUGUUCUCCGGCCCCUGCCCCAACACCUGACUUUGCUCCCCCCACCAGGUCUCGUGUCAGCUUCUUAUGGAGCGCACAGCUGUUGCUUUACCGAGUACACGGGUAUGGCGGCCCAGUCCAAGUCACCUCCGUACGGCCUGGCGCUGUCUUUUCAGGAGACUGACUUCUUUGGAAGCGGAGCUUCACCCGGUGCUCCUCACCCCUAUCGUCUGCUCGGCCAAAGCAAGUUCGGUCAGUCUGUCAACAAAGUCAGUCGUCUAAUCACCUGUCAACGCCUUGCAGAGGAGGAUGAUCGGACAAUAGUUGAACACCAACUGACCUAG